GCAGCGAUCGCGAAGCGGCAGUCCUCUCCCGUCCAUCGACGUGGUCGCACCGAGUCUCGUGGAGGUUCGAGAGAGACAGAGAGUGACUGACGUUACGCACACGAGGAAAAUAAAUAGAAAUAGAAAUAACGUAUCUAUUACGCGCAAAUGGACGAGUAAAUAUAAAGUAAUAGAAGUGAGAGGGAAAGAAAAAAAAAGAAGAAGGAUAGAAACGAAAGAGAGAAAAAAAGAAAAAUAUAAAGGUAGAGAGAGAGAGAGAGAGAGAGAGAGGAGAGAGAGAGAGAGAAAGAGAAAGAGAGAGAUCACACGUGAUCAAGAUAGUCGCUAGUAAUUAUGUAAAAAUCCUUUCCUCUUUUUAUUGUUUCGUAUUGUUUUUUCAUUCAAGAUAUUUCAAGAUCGGCGAUAGAUGCUAAUCGUUAUCCGACGCUGAAUAAAACAAAAAGUUCCUCGACUGACUCAAGGUCAAUCGUAUCGAGAAAAAAAUAAGAAGAAGUAAAAGUAGUAGAAAAAGAGGAAGAGGAAGAAGAAAAAAAAAAAGAAGAAGAAGAAGAAGAAGAAAAACUAUCCAUACCACAAUUUGCGUUAAUUAACAAGCCACGUGCUCGAAGGAAAAUGUUCCUCGGGGGAUAUUGACGAAUGACUUUUCGUUUUGCUUUUUUUUUUUCUCUUCGAACAAACACUUGUAUUUUUUUCUCUUGGCUCAUCAUUCCUUCGAGGAUCUAAAAAGGGAAAUCAGUUAUAUACAGUGUGUAAACGUGUGAUCGCGGACUCGGACUAUUAACCGGUUAUACAUUUGGAUCUUUCAUUAAGUGAUAUUGCUAAACUACCUAUCAGGAAAUUGCGUGGAUAUCUCAAUAAUAAAGAUGAACCAACAGUGCAAGGUCUGUGGCGAGCCAGCAGCAGGUUUUCAUUUCGGUGCUUUCACAUGCGAGGGUUGUAAGUCAUUCUUUGGCCGAACGUACAACAACCUUGGUAGUAUUUCGGAAUGCAAGAACGGAGGUGUAUGCGUGAUUAAUAAGAAGAAUCGUACGGCAUGCAAGGCUUGCCGGUUGAAGAAAUGUCUUAUAGUCGGCAUGUCUAAGUCCGGUUCACGUUACGGCAGGCGCUCCAACUGGUUCAAGAUCCACUGUCUACUUCAGGAACAAACAAAUGGAAACCAGAGCGUCGGUGUGUCACCGGGUGCCCCCUCUCCGUUUGGCCCUACCUUCCUUCCGGGAUUCCUACCGCAGUCUCAAGGUCAACAGGCUACCGGUGCCAUUUACGGUUCUAAGGAUGCCAAGGACCCCGCCUCCUCGCCAAGCCAAGAUGAUCUCGCAUUGCAGUCUCAUCUUUUGCACGUGGCGAUGUUGAAGCAGGAGAGAGAGCGGAGCAACAAGUCACCUCACCCGGACGACGUGGCGUUACAGAAUCAGUUGCGUAUGUUAGCUUGGCGCAGGGAACGCGAUAGGAUCAAUGGUAGUAGUCAACAACAGCAGCCACCUUCGACGCCGCCGAGAGAAGCCACGCCGCCCUUUGUUUGUAAACGACAACAACAACAGCAACAACAGCAGCAACAACAGCAACAACAGCAGCAGCAGCAACAACAACAACAACAACAACAACAACAACUAUCGCAACCAAUCUCAUCACCUAUAUAUCCAAUAAGUUUUGCCCAUAAGGAUGUAGUUGCAGCGAGUAGUCCACCGGAAGUCUUUAGACCGUUCUUACCAAGCUACAAAAGGUCGACCGACACGCCGAGCGAUAGCGGUGGCUCAUCCACCGAUGGUGGCGCUGACGGACUACACGAUACCGAAUCGAGAAGCAACUCAGCCUUGAGCUACUUCAAGUCCAAUGCUGCCUCCCCUACUUUGUCAGAUCGUGAUUUCCCUGCGAGGAAGAUCAAUGCCACGGUCACACUUACCGCCGGUUACCAUCCUCAUGCGCUCGGUUUAAUAUAUCCUGCGCCUGGUCUGAUAACGCCAGCCACUUCGCAACACUCGCCACGUGGCGGCGAUUUACUCCUCGUUAGUCCAAGCCCAGGUGGACUUGCCAUCGAACAGGAUGAACCGAUUGAUCUAAGCGUUAGAUCGAGACUCGGUAAUUCGCCGAGACCAAGUAGACAAGGUAUAGCUACUAUUGCUGAGGACGAGGAUAACGAAGAUGAAGAUGAGGAAUCUAAUGGCAAAGAGGAAGAAAGGGAUAGCAUCAAAGACGAAACUACAAUGAAAGGGAAACCGUUAGAUCUAACUCUAACCGUGAAGAGGCCCGCGGAGUUACCAGUUUCACUUUGAGCCCAAUUUUCUCUUUUAACUUUUUUUCGAGAUGGACUCAUAUACUGAUGAAUAGGGAUAUAUGUGUUCAUUUCUUGUACAUAUAGGUACCAAGCGUUAUCAACGAAGCGACCAACACGAACGCUUCUCUCUCUUUUUUUUUUUUUUAUUUAUUCUGAUUUAAAUAACGAUUCGAUCGAUUUUAUCGGAUCUUUAAUUGGAAUCGAUACAUAUAGACAAAUUGUUCGAUCGAGGAGGUUCUUAUAUAUAUAUAUGUAUAUAUAUAUAUAUAUUUAUAUGUAUAUGUAUGUGUUAUAUAUAUACAUAUGUAACAGUAUAAUAUAACAUAUAAUAUAUAUGUAUGUGUAUAUAUUUAUGUAUAUAUAUAUAUAUAUAUAUUUAUAUAAAUCGUAGAUAUGUAUACAUGUCCGUACGAUGAUCGAUCGUUUUGUAAUUACGCUGUUUUCACGUGUAACGCACAGCUAUUAAGUAAUUCUGAUUAUUUUUGUUAAUAAAUCAUCAUGCGUAUUUCGAAUGGGAACGAAAUAACUCUAUGCGUAUCUAUCGUAAUUGCACGCUGAAAGAGUAUCCGUCACGAUAUAUAAUAUAAUAUAAUAUGCAUGUAUAUAUACAUAUAUAUAUUAUACAUUUAUAUAUAUAUAUAUAUAUAUAUAUAUGUAUAUAUAUAUAUAUAAAUAUAGAAAUAAUCUAUCAGAUGUAAAUAGUCAGAUGGUUGAAUUGUCUGCGAAAUCGAUAUCGCUUUCUUGCUUCUGCUUGGUGUAUGAACCUCUUUGCUGGUGUUAGACAAAAAUUUUUGAUUAUUUUUCUUUCACUAUUCUUCUUUCUCUCUCUCUUUCUCUCUCUCUCUCUCUCUCUCUCUCUUUCUCUCUAUCAUCAUUAUUUCUUCUUCCACUUUUUUGUUUUCCUUUUUUUUUUUUUAUUAUUAUCUCGACGUAUUUGUUUCAUCUGUUGUAAAUAUAUCCACGAAGGCGAUAGAGACGAGUAGUCAGUCAUUACCUAAGCGUCAAAUGAAAUACAUAUUUUUGUUUAAUCAA